AUGUGUGACGUUGUCUUAGGCUCCCAAUGGGGAGAUGAGGGUAAAGGCAAGCUGGUGGAUCUGCUGUGCGAUGACAUUGACGUGUGUGCACGUUGUGCCGGUGGUAACAACGCCGGCCAUACGAUUGUUGUUGAUGGAGUCAAGUACGACUUCCACAUGCUGCCUAGUGGGCUGGUAAAUCCCAAGUGCCUGAACUUGGUUGGUAACGGUGUUGUGAUCCACGUUCCCUCUUUCUUCCAGGAGCUGGAGAACUUGGAGGCCAAGGGCCUGCACGGGAGAGACCGUCUGUUUGUCUCGUCGAGGGCCCAUUUGGUGUUUGACUUCCACCAGAGAACGGACAAGCUGAGAGAGGCUGAGUUGUCUGGUAACAAGAAGUCCAUCGGUACCACGGGUAAGGGUAUUGGCCCAACGUACUCGACAAAGGCGUCGAGAUCGGGUCUCAGAGUGCACCACCUGGUGAACGACAACGCUGGUGCCUGGGAAGAGUUUGAAGCCAAGUACAGACGUCUCGUUGCCACUAGACAGGCGAGAUAUGGUGAUUUCGACUACGACGUGGAGGGUGAACUGGCACGUUACAAGAAGUACAAGGAGGAAUUGAAGCCAUUUGUCGUUGACUCCGUGGACUUCAUCCACACGGCCAUCAAGGAGAAGAAGAAGAUCCUCGUUGAAGGUGCCAACGCACUCAUGCUGGAUAUCGAUUUCGGUACGUAUCCUUAUGUCACGUCAUCCAACACUGGUGUUGGUGGUGUCAUCACUGGAUUGGGUAUCCCACCAAGGGCCAUUAGAAACAUCUACGGUGUCGUCAAGGCCUACACAACCCGUGUCGGUGAAGGUCCAUUCCCAACUGAACAGUUGAACGAUGACGGUGAGAAGCUGCAGACCAUUGGUGCUGAAUACGGUGUCACCACCGGUAGAAAGCGUCGUUGUGGCUGGUUGGACCUCGUUGUCCUCAAGUACUCAACAAUGAUCAACGGCUACACCUCGUUGAACAUUACCAAAUUGGACGUCUUGGACACCUUCAAGGAGAUCCAGGUUGGUGUGGCUUACACCUUGAACGGCAAGACCUUGAGCUCCUUCCCAGAGGAUUUGAUCGAUUUGGGUAAGGUCGAGGUGGUCUACGAAACCUUGCCAGGCUGGAACCAAGACAUCACCAAGAUCAAAUCAUACGAUGAGUUGCCAGAGAAUGCAAAGAAGUACCUAGAGUUCAUCGAGAAGUUUGUCGAGGUUCCAGUCGAAUGGGUCGGUACCGGUCCAGGUAGAGAGUCCAUGUUGCACAAGCCAGUCAACUGA